GAAGAUUUUCUCAAUACUCACGUCAGCGAUACUCAGCAACUGCAAUUAUUUGAUUUUCUUAAUUUUUUUGGAAAGAAAAGCGUAGUGUUUAACGACUUGCUUUUUGUUAUUAAGAACUCUUGAAUUCGUUGAAGAUUGUUCUAUAUUAUCCAUAAAUUUUUGGCGUUUGUUGAAGAAAACAGUGGAUUCUUCUUUGGGACUUAAACACUAAACCCCAAGGACUGAGGUUUGUAAAUAACUUUUAUUAUUAGGUUUCAUGGGUUGUUAAAUUUUUUUGUGCCGCCUUUCCCUUCUGAACUGGUUUGUUCUCACAGUAUAUUGACGACUGGAUUUCUUUCUUUAUUUAUCAUCCCUUAGAGGUUUUGUUUCUGUCUUUUUUUUAAUUUGGUUCAACUUACCUAUUGUAUAAUCUACUUUUACUACUCUUGUUUCUGCGAGUUUUCUUUUCUUUCCUUUUUUUUCCGCUGGUUUAUUGUUCUUGCUUCUGAAGAACGUCGCUCGUUAUUUUUAUUUAAUUAUACACUCUUUUUGAUUUUCCUGUCGCGUUUAAUUGACGGUUCUUUCUUUACAAUUCGUUCGUUUUUUGGCUUUGAAAUUUUAUUAUAAAUUUCCCUUCAUUCUAUAUUUGUUUAUUUCAUCGUUUCUGAUCGAUUUUAAUUGUUUUUUAUUCUUGUGUUUAUUUAAGUUUACUAUUAUAAUUACUAUUAUGUCGUAUUCUAAAGUUCCUCCAUCUCCUUCGUCUCCUCGCCGUUCAAUCCAGCGCAUAGCUGAUGCUAAAAACAAAUCUCUCACAUUUAACCGCCGUAGAUUAGGCUUGUUUAAGAAGGCUUUUGAGCUUUCUGUACUAUGUGAUGCCAAAGUUGUCGUUUUGGUUUAUGAUGCCAAGAACGCCUGCCAUGUUUACUCAUCUGAGGAACCCGAGGAAAAGCGUGAUAAUCUCUUACGAACAUUUUUGGAGAAAGACUUCAUUACAAAUGACCCUUUGCGAAACAAUACUUCCCUAAAUCCUCAGCCAGGUGAAACACCCCCUUCUUGGCAAACUCAGGAUGACUACAUUGCGUCUGUCACCACGUAUCGUGCCGAAUCAUCUCACAAAGACUUUACAGAUUCACCCGUGGAUCUUGAUAGUCAAGCUUAUACUAUGAAGUCUUCCACUUCCUAUCAUUCUGUCCCACGGAAAGAGAAACAUAAAGGUGUUCCUUUACCGAAUUUGAGUGUAAACUCUACCUCCUCGUUUGAUUUACCGUUUUCCCCUUCAUCUAGAGAAUCACAUCUUGAGAAUUUACCAAGCGAUUGGACCAACACCUUUUCGGAUCAGUCUUCAACUUCCCCUUUAUCGAUUACGCGGGACAUUCUAUCUCCUUCUCCUGCUCUUCAACACAAUGGCUCACUUCCUAAGGAUAUAGACAUGGGUUCACAAUAUCCUCCUGUGUCUUCUAGACGUACACUAUAUGGCUCGCGAAACCGCCCUGAUUAUUCUUCCAUAAAACGUACCCAGUCGCUUAAAACCAGACGUACGGCAAAGCCAAAAGUUACCCGUAUACAUACUGCCCAUCCCUGCAUCGACGGUCACUUUGAUUAUUUCCCUAGCACUCCUUUAUCUUCCGGUUCUGCUAUAGAAACUGUGCCGAAUAACUCUUUUGUACCUCAUGAAGCACACUCACGUGUAAACGAAUUCGAUAAUAAUUAUAAGAAUAAUUUUGGUUCUAAUACUUACUCUAAUACAAUACCUGAAGUUCCAAUACCCGCAACCAAUGACAACUUUGAUCUUCUUAAUAACGGUAUAGGAGACAUGGAUACUGAGAAUACCUUUCUUAAUUCGCAACCCAUCAAUGAUUAUAAUAAUAUUGAUGUAUCUGAAAUUGAUUUAAUGAAAGUGAAUGCCGAUUGGCAUGCACUUACCACGUCACACAUUGAUUUGGAUCUAGAGCAUCGCGAUCCUCCGUACACCUUACCAUCUCCCCGUUGAAAUCCUGGUGUUAUAUAGAGGUUCACCUCCGAGUUUUUUUAUUUUUUUAUUUUUUGUAAAAAAAUAAGGAAAGUGGAAAUUGGUAUACGAGAAUACUCUGCUACUGACGUUUGUUCUAAAUUCAGAAAUACAUACUAAGUAUUUAUUUUUUUAAAUACAAAUAAACUGAUAAUCUAUCCGUCUCUAAGUCAAAAUUUGCGUCCCAGUAAUACCGUCAAUUAGUUGUACAGUUGCUUGAUCCUUCUUUAGACUAGCAAGUUUCCUUAAAUAUCCCAAUGAACGAGGGGUCCAUUCCCAUCCUUCAUUGAGACUAGCUAUUAAUAACUUCCUCGCUAAUUCCAAGUAACCGUGUUUAGAAAAUAGAGAGAUCAUGAGAGUAGUUAUCUUUUGUUCAUAUCCCUUGAGAUCAGGAGGAAUAAUACCCAUGUCUUUAUGCAAGUAAUAUUCUUGCCAUGUACUGUAUCCAAAAACAAAGUUAUCGCAAUGUAAAGAAACA